UUGGAAUAAAUGCAUUUUCUCUUGGUUUUGGGGCAAAUUGGAGAUACUUCUGUUUUUCUGGAUGCAGAAUAUUCAUAAUUAAUUAUUUUAUAAGAUGAGUUUUGUGACUCACACAUGAGCAACUCUUUCCGUAAAAAGAUUGAAAUUCUCUUGAUUCCCAUCACAAAAUUGAGGCCUCAGGAGGACCCAGACCUUCUAAAAGGUCCCAAGAACAUCUGGAACUGGGACAAAGUCAACAGACCCUGAAGCAGAGGCCACCAGCUAGCUGAGAACGUCUGAUCUCCAUGUGAUCGUUUUUUGGGUCUGUUUUGGACUGGGCAGUGUGGGGACACCUUGCAGCGGUGGGUCUCCUGCCAGGCCACCCGCCCAACCAUCAGACACACGCUUCAGCUUCAGCAUUCAGCCCUGGGUGUUGCCCACGGGAAGGAAGCCUCACCCAUCUUGACAGAAGUGUGAAAGGUAGCUAUGGACGUGGAGGUGAGGCUGAACCGCUGCUCUCUGCUGACUUCCCUACCGUCUCCACCAUGCUGAGCGAUGCCUCCACCCUCGCCUACUUCGUGCUGGAGGUGACCAUUGCCGCGUUGGCCGUGCUGGGGAAUGCUCUGGUCUGCUGGGCCGUGCGCAUCAACAGCAACUUGCAGAGCGUGACCAACUUCUUCGUGGUGUCGCUGGCGGCGGCCGACAUCGCCGUGGGCGUGCUGGCCGUGCCCUUCGCCAUCGCCAUCAGCACCGGCUUCUGCGCCCACUUCUACAGCUGCCUCUUCAUCGCCUGCUUCGUGCUCGUCCUCACGCAGAGCUCCAUCUUCAGCCUGCUGGCCAUCGCCAUCGACCGCUACAUCGCCAUCAAGAUGCCACUGCGAUACAGCACUUUGGUGACAUGCAAACGGGCUAAGGAGAUCAUCGCCGUGUGUUGGGUGUUGUCCGUAGUCAUCGGCUUGACGCCCAUGCUGGGCUGGCACAAGUGCUCCAGUGCCACCAACAGCAGCUGCCCCACGGGCACCGUGGCAUGCCUGUUCGAGGGGGUGGUCACCAUGGACUACAUGGUGUACUUCAACUUCUUCGCCUUUGUGCUGGUGCCCCUUCUGCUCAUGCUAGCCAUCUACCUUUGCAUCUUCAUGGCUGCUCGACGACAGCUCAAAUGGAUGGAGCUCAAACGGCCCAAUCCACUGGGGGAGAAGCCGUACUCCACCUUACUAAAGGAGGUUCAUGCUGCCAAGUCUCUGGCCAUCAUCGUGGGGCUGUUUGCGAUCUGCUGGCUGCCUCUACAUGUCAUCAACUGCUUCACUCUCUUUUGCCCCGGAUGUGCAAGACCCCACCCGAGUAUCGUGUACCUGGCCAUCGUGCUCUCGCAUGCCAACUCGGUGGUCAACCCCCUGAUCUACGCCUACCGAAUCCGGGAAUUCCGGCACACCUUCCAUAGGAUCAUCCGGCGACACCUAUUGGGCUGUCGCUCGGCCCGAAUGACCAGCAGCAACAGGGCCAGCUGGCGCACCUCCACCAAAGCCAGCAUGACAGAAGGGGGCGGUGCCAACAGCGGGGACGGAAGUGCCGGAGCUACGACAGGGGCUAAUGGCUUCCUCCUGAACUCAGGAUCUAACUGUGGCAGCACAGACCUUGGGGGGAGCUUCCUAGACCUCGGCUACUGGAAACCCCCGGGACUCUUCCCAAGCAGCUGCCUCGUGGAGGCUCCACAGGGCAGCCAGCUGAGGCAGCUACCUGGCGAGGCAAAACAGCCCCCCUGGAGAGGGGACCAGCAUACCUCUUGUGUGACAGACAUUGAGGAGACUUUCAGCGCUCCCAUCAAACCCACAUUCGGAAGAUGAGCUGUACACAACUGACUGUAUUUAUUGGAUGCAAAUUAUUUGAAAAUGCAAACCAAAAAAAAACGUAAAGCCCCAAUUGUACUGUGUGCCGUUUGGCCCCAGGUGUACGUACGAUGGAUUGGCGCUCAUCAUCAGUCGAGAGUGAGUGCUACAACUUUGUCUAUCAGGGUACGUUGGGAUCCAUCUGGGGUCCUGUGGAAGCAGUAGUAAUCAGGUUUAUGGCAGCUUGCAUGGAGAAGUGCAUUGAGGGAAAAUGUCCCAAGUAUCACAGGUAUCAACACCCAAACAAAGGAAAUCAAACUAUUUUGAGUCGUUUGAAAAAAUUCUGAAGAUGGUUUGCUCCAGUUGAAUAGAAACCCAUGGGAGAGAGUCAAGUGGCUGUUAUGUUGAUUCAUUCCAGCCGUUCUUUGAUUCACUGUCCUCUGUAAAGUUAAUCUCCUGUCCCAGUAACUGUGAGUAGGCCCCACCACCCAUACUCUGCUUUUCCUCUUAUUACUCACACCAAAUUAACUGUUUUGUUUCCCCAGUUUGGCUGUUGUUGACCACAUCUCAUCUGUCUGUGUUACCUUAAACAGGCCAGACCCCACAUAAACGCAGAGCUCUGCACCUCAUUUCCUUAUCUGUUGCUAGUUUUCUCUCAAAAGAUCUCCUUUUGGGAAAGGCUAGAUGUCUGUUACCAGCACAAUUGGGUAAUUCAGGUCCAGAAAGUAAAAGUCCAGACCAAGAUUUUGUUUCGACCAGCCACUUGAGCAUAAAGAGUCACAGUCACAGAGUACUCCACUGAUUGGUUGAAACAGAAUCCCGAUCUGGACUUUUACUCUAUGAACCUGAAUUACCCAACUCUGGUUGCCAGUUUAAAUAUUGAAAUACUUGCCAUAACCUUGAUAUAUGUGUGCAAAUAUUAACUGGAGUCUAAAACAGACAUUUUCUGGUGGACUAAUUUCAUAAAUUCUGAACUGAUUAUUUUAAAUAGAUUCUUUGUAUGGAACAAUGGAAACAGAAGUGGGGUAUUUAAAAAAAGUUGAAAGAUUGUUUUAGGAUGUAAUCGAUACUAUUCAUAAAGUAAAACACACUGUUUAAUAUUUCAUUGAAUAUUAGUUUGUUCAAAAUAAUAAAGAAUUCACUGCGGGUCAACAUUGUGGCAUAGAAUGAUGUAAGUGCAUUGUAUUCAAUUAAGAGCUCCAUCAACAAUAUUAAUUGCUGAAUUAUUCAAUUAAGGUGUCAGCUGGAAAAAAAUCAGCAGACACAAUGUGCCUCAAUUAACCAAUGUUGAAAAUAACCAAUGUGAAGGACCAUUCAGAAGAUCCCCAUUCCUGUGUCACUAAGGUCACCAUGGUUGCCAUAAACCUUUCGGUGUCCUCUGGGAUGUUAUGUGCAGCAUAGAGAUUUACUUCAUAUUUGCAGUAAUAUUUAUUUCGCCCUGCUUUGUUUUGCUCAUGCCACAACUGACCUACAUUUAAGUGGAAAUCUGUUCAGUCUGGUUGACUUUGUCACCAAGAGGUCCUAAAUAAAUGCUUCUGAGUGCAUAUCCCUGUUUUUUUUGUUUUUAGACUUGAAUAAUUUGUUCUUUUGGCUCCUUCACUGAACUAGUUCACCUUGUUACUUAUA